UCUUUACUGCACUGGGAGUUGUAGUCGUCGGCCGUAUUAGUAGUUUGCGGUGCAUUCUGUGAAAUAUAUUCGCUAGUCGUGACGUAACUGGCACAAUGGAAUUCGAAAAGCAUUUAGAAUUCGGAAUAUCCCAAAACCUUUAUAAAGCCAACAUAAGCAGAGACCUUCAGUAUUUCUAGAGAAAUAGAGUGAUUGUAUUUCCACAGGAAUAAAGCAAUUAUGCCGAAGAAAGGAGGGAAGAAGGGAGGAGGCGGAAAGCAGAUGACGGAGGAGGAGAGACUGGUGUUCAUGCAGAAGAAUGCUGAGGCUGAAGAAGCCAAUGCCAAACUUAAAGAAGAUCAGCGCACACAGACCCUUAUGGUGUGUGUGUGUGUGUGUGUGUGUGACAAACUGCAGAAGGAAGAGCAGAACAGCAAAGUUAACCUGAAGAAGUUGAACCAGCAGUGGCGUUCGAACCUGCUCCAGGCUCGAGCGGCAGAGCUGCGUGAAGAUUUCGCAAUACUCAGGCAAACUUUCGAGAGAGUUGUGGACUGCAAGGACAAUGCCAUUAAAUUACUGGUGGAUGACCUGAGUGAAGCGGAGCAGCAGUCAGCAGUGUCUCACAGGGCUCAUCUCCAGUGUGUGGAUCAUCUGCUGGAGGUACAGAAAAGCCGACUGGCAGCACUAGACUCACACUGGAACACCAGUCUUGAGGAAGUCAGCACCGAGUACAGCAGAGAGAGGGAACGACUUUUGAAGCAGCAUCAGCAGGAGACUGAGUACCUGGAAGCAGCCACCGUUGCCUUGGAGCAACACUAUGAUGAAAUAUCCAGCGUGGCCAGACAGGACGAACAGUUUACUCGUAAUGACGUCAAAACCUUGCCUGCAGGGGGAAGCACAGCGAAGGAGAUGUGGCAGAGAUACCAACAAGAACUGCAGAAGUACACGGAAGCUACAGAGGAGCAAAAGGAAAAAGCUGCAGAUUUGCACUGUGCCUUCCAGAAAACAAAGCUGGACGGGAAGCACCUGCAGAAAUUGCAGGAAACCAUCAAUGCUCUGCGUUCUGAUCUGAGCUCCACUCAGCAGGAGAACGAGGCAUUGGCACGUUGCCUUCGGACAGAAUGUGAGGAAGUUACUGAAAAAGUCCAACAGCUCAGAGCUAAGCUCUGCUCUGCCCAGGAAGCUGAAAGAACACGGCUAGUUAAUCAGAUUAAGUGCAGCGAUAACGCAUGUAAAAAACUACAGGAUAUUAUGGGAAAGGGAGAGAGGUUGUUAAGUCUGGCUGAUAUAUGUCGCAAGCUUGAAACAGAGCAGGAGAAGGUGCUUCCCUUUUACACAUCAUCUGUAAAUGCUGAGGAACUGAGUCAGGAGAAAGCGCAUGCUAUGGAGGCGAUGUCUGAAGAGCUUGGACAGAAAAUGAUGGACUAUACGGAUCUAGAAAAGUUCUGGCAACGUUACAACAAAGUUCUACUGGAACGUUUGUGUUUAGAACGGGAGAAGAAGGUUCUAGGAGAGGAGAACCAGCAGCUGAGGAUUCUUCUCAAGCAAUACCUGGAUGGAAUCUCUGUUAGUGACGAGAUCCUACAGCAGCAGAACGCGCUGCUCAUGGUGUCCUGCUCGUCACUCCAUGCCUCUCCAGCUUCAGAAACCCAAGCACACCCACGCAGGACAGUCAUAGAGGCAGCUCAUGUGGUGCAGCACAUACUGUAGAGAAGAUAUAAAAAUAAAAGCAAAUAUAAAACCA